AUGAUAAUUAUAAUCAUUUUUUUGGAAAAAAAAUUAUUAAUAAUCUAGUGAUUUUUUUUUUUUAAUUUCGGCUUUAAAAAAAUCCCUACCUGUACUAAUUGGUACAGGAAUUAUGAUAUUUAAGCUGUAGCUUAUAAUUGUAUGACUGAAAUUUGUAAAUUCCUCUGAAUGUAUGAAAAUCUACUCUAUUGACUAUUUAUCACAGAUAUUGUUCGGCAAAUCAAUUUUUUAUCUGGACAAUGUCCAUACAGACAAGCUAGUGUACAUCAUAUGUACUGUAGAAUGUACGACCGAGUAAAGAAUGAUAGAGGGGGAAAUUACAGAACGAGAGAGGGUAAUUUCAGUGGGGUGCUUCCUGUGCCGGCUAGUACAGAAAAUAAUAUAUCGGGUAGGGGUUGCUUUCAGCCCCAGUGUUGUCGCGGCGCGCGCGUGAUUCAGACGCAUUCAAAUUAUACUCCGUCUGAAUUUUAAAAAUAAUUAAACUUUAGUCAUAAUUACCUCCAGCUAGAAGUAAUUUGAGAGGAAAUUUAAAAAUUUUUGAACAAUAAAAAAAAAGUGCAUGUGUGUCAGUUUAAGUUAUUGAGCAAUUUUUAUCGAACUUGAAUAGUAUUCCGUUUUGUUGCGGUAAAAAUACUAGGGUUGAAUAGGAUUUUGGUAAAAAAAAUAUUUGCCGUUGAAAUCAAGCCAACGAUAACAGCAUAAUUUUGGUUUUUUUUUAUCCGGGGAUGAUUAAACAAUCGGAGCAAUGUCAACAGCGCUGUUCGACGUAUCGCGAGCCGGGCAAGAAGUAAUAGUCAAAUUACGGAAGUGAAGGAAUAAGGUGCUCUUUCUGGAGCUAGUUACCGAUGAGUAAGUGGACAUGAAUUGGCCGUCCAAAUGGUCGCCGUUACGGAUUCUCAUUUUCAUUUUUCUCAAAUGUGGCACAAUGGAACCAAUAUUGGCGAUGGAAGACUCCUUCUUCUCAAGACUGGUAGUUGCAGCGUCUCACACAGCUCUAUCUGGGGAUUUGGCAGUGUUAAUUAUAAAUUUAUCAGCUCUAGACCACAUGAAAACCACCACGAGUACUACCACGACGCAAAUACCGGAAAUUUCAACAGUUGGCAAGACAAGUACGAGAACAAGGACGAAAAUUACAACGACAACGACAACAGAGGAGGCUGAUAUUAUUAUGGAGCAAGAAGAGGAAGACGAUAAUGAUGAUUAUGAUUCUUGGCAACCGCAACCCGAAUAUGAUCCUUUUGUUUUACGAGUCAUGCGCUUGGAUGGAUUUUCAUCAGAAUUAAUUGGUGAAGUACCAAUUGAGACUUCUACAUCAGUCGCUAAUAUUUCACUCUCAAUUCCCUGUGGGUUUUUUUCACGUGGCGGUGCAUACUCAUUACAAUUGCAGCGUAAAUCAGUACCACCAAGUGAUAAAUUUAUGGAUACAAAUGGUGUUCAGAUGAGGACAACGUUGGACGUGAGAUGGCCAACACCGUCGCUGACUUUAGAGCCCCAGCAUUUUAAUACCUAUCCAGACCAACCAGUUCUUGCGACACUCGAGUAUACAGGAGUGUCAUGCUCGCCCGCAAAAGGGAUACCCGAAGACAUGUACUCGCUCCAACUUAUCUACUGCGGUGCGAGUGUAUUGUCAUGUGAUCCGCGGAAUAAAACCAACAUACAGAUGCUUUAUUCAGAAGAGAUAACAGGAUUUCCAUUACAAAAAAUCCUAAACCUACGUUGUGAAUUUUUCGGCCUCGCUGGACACUAUGCUUUGAGAUUGAAACCGUCUGACGUUAAUUCAACAGCACCAACUACUAGUGCAUACAUUAAAGUAGAAGUUUCCAACCAGUAUGUAUUCAAUGUUCACGCUCGUUCAGUUUAUCCCUGUGACGGAAGUUCCGGAGGUCUGUCGGUCCUCUUCGAGUACCCAUCCUGUCGUCUUCAAGGUGACCGUGUACGUGUUUACGGUCGUCUGAGAGCUGACGUUGCCUCGCUAGCCCCACCUUCGACUCUUCACUACGUCGCUGAAUUAAAAGCACCACCUGGUAAACACACACUCACCUUUGACUGUGAAAUAUUUACUGAAAAAUUCGUCGAGUAUUGCUUCGUAUACGUCAGUCAAGCUAUCAACAGUGCUAUGGCUGAAGUUAGAGUCGAUUGCAUUCCCACGUUUCCCAUUCAAGACAGCGAUGCUGGUGGAUGGGGCGACUGGAGUCCAUGGGGACCUUGCAGCAGCACAUGUGUUGGCGGAGUCCGUAAUCGCUACAGAUUCUGCGACAGACCGCCACCGCGGUAUGGAGCUAAAUUUUGCCAAGGCAAAGCUGUAGAGUCAGAAGCUUGCGGUGGUGCCGGUGGGCUAGAUCUCGAAAGCACAUGGUCAGCUAGCGAGUGGGAGUGUAAACAUGGGCAAGGUCUUGCUGCUGAGAGACCGGAAGUUACUGCUGAGGUAGGCACCAAGUGUCGGUGUGGGUGUGUCGUAAAUUUGCGCAACGACACAAUCACGAGAAAAAUUUUAGCUGCAAGUACUCAGGCUUGCCCUGGGCGAUCAUUCUGGCUUAUUCAGACUGAGUCCGGGUCUGUUGUUAAACUUCACUUUGAUCAAACUAAAUUUCCAUGUUCCGGUCAGUAUGUCAGGGCACGAGAUGGCGAUUCUUUGAGUGCUGAGUUAUUGGCAGAUGUUGCCGUUGACAAAAAUGCACCAGAAUCGGGAACAGUUGUCUCGACGGGUCAGAGUUUACUUUUGGAAUUUUUCAGUGAUGAAAUUGUCGUUGCCAGGACCUCAUGUAGCGGCGGUUUUUUAGCACAUGCCUCUAUAUUGCUGAAAUCUCAACCAGAAAACGCAACAGAGGAUACCACGGUGGUGCUUAUUGGACCAAAAGUAAUGGCAGCAGCCGGAAGAUGGGCAUUAUGGUUUUCUCCCGCCCAUUUGGUAGCCGCUGCUCUACUGCUUCUCAUGUUUCUCGUUUCCAUAUUCUUAGCAUUGCAAUACGCUGUGAAAUACAGAAAAUACCAAGUCGCCGAGGAUCUGGAUAGUCUGACCGACAACUCGACAUGUAGUGGUUCAAUGCAAGGACUGGCACGUCGUGCAAGAGCGCUAUCUUCAGCAACUCUUAUCUCCGAAGUAGUAUCUCUUGUAAGAUUAACACGUAGAAGACCCUCAGGGCACGGGAGACUAGAAGAGACCUCUGCUGAUCUUGAAGACGGCUAUGAAAGUACUGAGACCCAAGCAGAUAUGGAAGAGGAAGCCAACGCAGAAACCGGUACUUUGAAGCACAAAGACCCCCCAGAAGACAUCAACGGCUCGCAAAAAACAAUCGUAGCCAGUGUUAAAAGUACACCUUCCCGUCGGUCUUCAUCUUCGAGCACACUGACUUCAAUAUCCGGCCAACCCGAGGUCAAGUACGCCCGUCCAGUUAAGCUUCGCACGGCCGGGCCGAUAAGUCCCGUGUCCGAGGAGGCAUCGAUUUCAGAAGACAGUAGACGUUGCAGCACUGAAAGUGGCUCAACCAGCGUCAAUAAUGGUUUUUCACCAGCAAGCACUUCAUCAAAUAUAUCAACACUGAGAUGCGGCAAAGAGACUAAGGAUCGUCGAAAUCGCGAGCGUCUUCUCCAAGGGCCCGGUUCAGAAUUUAGUUUAGUCAAUCCCGAUACAGAUCUUGAGUUAGAUUAUUAUGAUUACAAUGUUGUAAAUGCCGGUGCAGCUCCAGGUUCUUAUUUAGGUAUGGACCCAGCGUUUCUUGUUUGGAUACCGCCAUUGACGCCCGGUGAAACAGAAAUACUCGAAGCCAUUGAAGAGGAUCAUCAUUACGAAGAAAUACCCGAUCGUCGUGAAAAGGAGUCACGUAUUAUGGAUACCGAAGGAGCUGCCUUAACUCCUGCCGAGUAUCAAAGAGCCCGCAUCGCCAGACAAGACCAAAAAGACUCAGAUACUGAAAUUCUCGCGAGGAAAUACGAUCCCGGUGAGAGUAGACUUCAUGAUGAAAUAAUAAUGGAAUACCGGGCUAGAUUACACGAAGGUAUGCUACCGAUUCAUCGGAUUCUUGAGGAGUCAAGAGUCAGAGUAAGCGAGGAAUCCCUUGCGAGACAUUCACACGACGAUGCUCCUCACAUUGACAUUAUUCCCAACCGGCUGGUUACUGAAACUGAUAAACGUUUUUCUAAAGAUACCACCACGUCUGCUAUUGCUACUCCUGCUCUGGCUGCUAAUGCUGAUGCAAGUGGUACUGGCGGAGGAAGCGGGGGUAAAUUUACACCAAAAUCAAAUCGCGACCGCUUAAUUGAAGAACAAGAACGUUCGAGAAGCGCAAGCAUACCUAGAAAUAAUAGAUUAACUAAUGAUGAUGAUAAACGAAGAACACCGGCGUCUGUACGUAGCAGAUUGCAAGAGUAUAUUGAUAGUAGCGCUAAUCAAUCCAAAUACAAUCAAUUGUCUCCGGAGACUACGAGGAGUUGCGGAGAGUUAUCGAAAGACCAGAGAAAAAAAUACCACGAAACAAAUCAAUCACUAACGAUUAAGGAUAAUAAAAAUACUUUUAGUAAAAUAAAUAACGACCGUCACCGCGAGGUAUCAAAAAAUGAUGAAUCAAAAGAUGAUUUUAUUUUACCUAAACCAAAGACACCGCUGAUAAAUACCAGAAGGUAUAAAGAUUGCGCGGAUUUAAAUUUAGUUAUGGAAAGCAAAGGUAAAAUAUUAGGAAAUGUUGAAAAUAUACCGAUGAAAGAAUUUACGCGUAGUAGAAAUGAUUCACCGGCACGAGUUCAUAAAUCUAAAGAGACUGAUAAUGAUAUUAAUAAUAUUGUAUUAGUUGAAAAAAAAAUAUGUCAAAUACAGAGUCCAGAUUAUGGAGUCGAGAUGGAUAUUAGGGAUGAAAUUUCACGUGAUUCAAUUUAUGAUUUAAUUGGUGAAGAUGAGGGUGAAUUUAAAUUUGCUGAUGAUGAUGAGGACGAGUAUGUUGACAACAAAAUAACAGCAUAAUUAUUUUAUUUUAUUGGGAGUUAAUAAAAUUAACGAUAAAUAAAAUAAAUAUAAUUUUAUGUACAGAAUGUGAAUGAUAGAUUGUGAUUGAUGGUGAUAGAUUAUUAAAUCUAGCUGAAAGUACAAGUACUGGAUAAUGUGAUGAUGAUUGAUAGGAUGUCAAGUUUAAAGUUUAUCUGAAGAAUCGAUAUUAACCAUUUUAAAUAAAAUAAAUAAAUCGCCGAUGAUAAUUUUUGUAAUCUAUAUAAUCAAUUGCGCCUCAUUCGAUAAUCAUGUAGCGAAAAAAAAAAUUAAAUUUUAAAAUGUACAACAAUCAAAUAUUGGCUGUAAUAUAUAAAUGUAAAAAAUUUUUAAAUUUAUUUCAGUAGUCUAGAGUCUAGACUAAUUAAAUAAUGAGUCCAAUUAAUUAUAGAUCUUACUACAGGAUAUUUCAUAUCAACCUUGGGAGUGAUAUCCAAAAAAACUAUAAAAAAAUGCUACAAUUAUUUUAAUUAAUGAAAAAUAAAUAUGAUUAAAGUAUA